CUGAGAAUUUUCUGUUCGAGAAUCCUAAGGACUGGACUGGCUGAGGCUUAAACCUCGAAGCUUUCCCUCUAUCUCUUUCACAGACAACUAAAAUGUUCUCAGUUAUCUUUGUCCAGUCUACUUACCUUACCAAAUCGAAUGCUCUUCCGGAUUCCUCUCCAUCGUCGUUCCUCUCUUUCUCUCCUGACCAUCAUCUAAAACAAAGAUUCUGUCCAGAAAGGAGUCAUCUUCAGAGAUUUCAGCAUUGUAAUAUAAGCUGUAAAGCUGGUACUGGUAGUAUUAAACUACCUCCUUCAACAAACCAUGAUUCAUUGAUAAAGGAACCUCAUAAAUAUUUCGAUCAAGCUGUAAUUGGUGUUCGAUCUGGAGAUGGAGGUCACGGUGCUAUUCUUACAAUGCCUAAUCAAAAAGCUGGGUCAAAGUCAAAGUCACAGGACAGGCAUGAGAAGGAUAAAACAAAGAGGAAGAACGUUUCAUUCAAAAGGGAUUUUAAUGGGUCUCUUAUACUUCCCAUGGGUGGGCAUGGUGGUGAUGUUAUACUUUAUGCUGAUGAGAACUAUGACACGUUACUUGAGUUUCAUAAAACGGCUCGAUUUAGUGCAAAACGUGGUGGGAAUGUUGAUUCCAUGGGUUCUUUUUCAUCUCAAUUGCGUAGUGGAUCUGCUGCUCCUACUUUACGCAUUCCAGUUCCUGUAGGUACUGUUGUGAAACGCAAGCGAGGGACUUUUUUGGCUGAUCUAGCGCGUCCAGGAGAUGAAGUUCUUGUUGCAAGAGGUGGACAAGGAGGGAUUAGCUUGCUCAAAUUGCCAGAGCAUCAGAAGCAAAAAAUAUUGGACAUGACAUCAAAUGUGUUGAGAGAUGAUAGUGACAAGGUUUUAAUCCAUGGACAGCCAGGUGAAGAAAUUAGUUUGGAUUUAAUCCUAAGAGUUGUAGCCGAUGUCGGUCUUGUGGGACUACCAAAUGCAGGAAAAUCAACAUUGUUGGGUUCAGUAACACUUGCGAAACCUGAUAUCGCUGAUUACCCUUUCACAACUUUAAUUCCAAACCUUGGACGGCUUGAUGGUGACCCUGAUUUAGGAGCUGGAAAAUAUUCAUCCGAGGCCACAUUAGCAGAUUUGCCCGGUCUUAUUGAAGGUGCUCAUCUAGGGAAGGGUCUUGGCCGCAAUUUUCUUCGACACUUGAGAAGGACCCGACUGUUGGUUCAUGUUGUUGAUGCAGCCACUCCAGAUCCUUUGACAGACUACAAGACCAUAAGAGAAGAGUUGAAAAUGUAUAAUCCAGAAUAUCUUGAAAGACCUUACAUAGUCGUGCUAAACAAGAUUGAUAUUCCUGAGGCAAAAGAGAGAUUCGCAUCAUUGUCUCAAGAAAUUUCAGCAAUUGGAAAGGAUGACAAUGAACAAGUUCUUGUGGAAUCCUUAAAGGAUAAAACAGUAAAAGAAACUGAGGAUUACCCGCGACCUCUUGCAGUUGUUGGUGUGAGCGUUUUGAAAGGCAUUAAUUUAGAUGGUAUGUUGACGGCGAUAAGGACAGCGUUAAGGAAUUGUCGGGCUGAUGAAAUGUUGGCGCCGGUUGGAAAAGAUAAAAUAAACACGUAAAAUUGUAAUAUUUGAGAUCCUUGGCCUUGUACAGAAAUGUAUGUAGAGAAUUAUGUUAAUUGCUUGCAGCUAAGGAGAAUUUUGUGUAAUGUUAAACUGAAUUUAUUGGAUGUUUCUCAUAUAGAUACAAGAUACAAAAACAAAGAAAUCUCAAUUUGUUGAUUUUUAGCUCAAAGUUUAUGGUCUUAAAUUGAGAAUUUGAUUGAAAUCA